UUACUCAGUGCCGUGGCUGUGUUCUACCAGAUAUGUCGUGUCUGGUGCUGCUGUGUCUGCUGCCCCUCGCUUUGGGGCAGAAUAUCGUCCAGAAUGGAAACAUGGAAACAAUGGAUCAUUGGAACUGUUGGAACAUACAUUGUGAGCUGACCACUGAUCAUCAUAGUGGACAGCAUGGAAUCAAGGCCACGGGCAGAAACCAUUAUUACGAAGGGCCCUCGCAGACCCUCAAUGGCCUCAAGGCUAAUGGACGGUACAAGGUCGAAGGAUGGAUAAAACUGCUGAACGACCAAGCCGGACAUCUGGGACAAAAUGUGGAGCUAGAAGUGUCCGUUGACCUUAACACUGGGAAGACAACAUACAUUGCUGUUGCCAGCCAUCCUCUCGCCAGAACCUCUGACGGCUGGAUUCACCUAACAGGAGACUUCAACGCACCUGCUGAGGGUAUUAAAUCGUCCACUGUGUAUUACCAAGGCCCAUCACCUAGUGUAAACUUUGUGGUCGACUCCGUGUCUGUGACGCCUCUGGUAGCCAACACCCACUGGCGUGCAGAAUCCGAUGCCACUAUAGAGAGGAUGAGGAAAAGUGACAUGAACUUUCAUGUCACCACAUCUGGAGGUAUUUCCGACAAUCAAGUUGAAAUUGACGUCAUUCAAACAAAGAAAUCAUUUGCAUUCGGAACAGUAGUGGACUGCAAAGAGUAUCUCAAUGGCGACCAGAGAUACAUCAACUUCCUCAACAAACACUUCAACUGGGGAGUUACUGGGAAUGCGCUCAAAUGGGAUUUAAUGGAACCCCAGAAGGGCCAAAUCGAUUAUGACACAGGCAUCAACGCUGUCAAGAAGCUGAGGUCCAAUGGAAUCAAGGUGCGAGCUCACAACAUUGUCUGGUCUGUGGAUCAGUUUGUUCCGUGGUGGGUUAAACCCCUUCGUGGUCAGACACUGAAGGACACAGUAAAACACAGGAUUCAAGACAUUGUUGGACGAACUAAGAACCUCGUGGAACACUGGGACGUUGACAACGAGAACCUCCACGGCUUCUGGUUCCAGAACACUCUCAACGACAGAGACUACAACCUAGAAAUAUUCCGUAUCGCUCAUCAAGCUGGUCCCAAUGUUAAAAUGUUCCUCAAUGACUACAGUGUUGUGUCUUCGGGCGGGAUGACUGGGGCAUACCGUGACCAGGCUAUCAGGUUCAAGAACGCAAACGUCGGCCUCGGUGGAGUCGGUGCCCAGUGUCACUUUGGAGACAAUGUUGAACCGGACCCAACACUGAUCAAGGAACAUCUAGAUACCAUCGGGCAAGCUGGCGUUCCUAUCUGGAUCACGGAACUAGAUGUGACUAAUUCUGAUGAACACAAACGAGCAGACUGGUACGAGACAGCUCUGAGGGCGUUCUAUGGCCACCCAGCUGUUGGGGGAGUCAUGUUCUGGGGAUUCUGGAGUGAGAGGCACUGGAGGGGAGACGCGGCCGCAAUGGUAUCCGGAAAUGAGUUCAGGUUGAACGCCGCCGGUCAACGUUUCCUGGACCUCACAGAGAAAACAUGGAUGACAAACGAAACACACAAGCUCUCGCAAUCUGGCAAGAACUUUAAAGUCCGCGGUUUCCAUGGCGACUACACGAUUAAAGUCAAGGUCAACGGGAAGGAAGUUACCUCCCUCGCGCAGUCAUUUACCUUGGGUAAAUCGGCUCACACUGUAAACCUCCGCGUCCAUCAUUAGUACGAUCACUGUGAAUAAAGUGCGUCAGGCCUA